AUUUCUACUUUAAAAAACUUUCCAAAUUUCUACAUUAGAUAAUGUGACAAUAGACACCUUCCAAAAUAAACUCAUACCGCAUUCAUUGGGGUUCGCCAAUGUUGGACUUAGAUGAACGGCUGGCCCAACUGGGUCUCCUCUACCACCAAUUACCAAGAGAAGGUUAUCUGGUUAUACGAAACGGAGGAAAUCUAAAAGGUACAUCGACAGACGAUCCCAUAUGGAAUAGCAGUCAAGAAUCUAUACCACAAUCCGUUCAAUCUGAAUCAUCACAAGCUACAAUAGGCACCCUAGUCCAGGAGGAGACCCCUGAAGUAGCAUCAACUCCAGCAUCCCUCAAAGAGAGUCCAUCAUUUGUCAGAGUAAAGUCAAGUUUUUUGGGUCUGGAGUGGAGAGUACCUAAAAUGUCGAGUCGAGUUCCUGGCGGUAAAAAUGAUUAUUAUCCAAACUCUACAUUCCUAAAGAAUCCGAUUGUGACUAAGAGCGGUUAUGGUUUGCCCACAAGACCUCGCACCGGUCUUUGCUAUAAUCGAUCGAAGAACCGAAGCAAACAUAGAAUGGAAGAAAUUGAGAUAAGAGGUCGAGAAUGUGAUGACGGCAAUCCCAAUAGCAGCUGCAAUGUUCCCAAUUAUUGUGAUAGAAACUCAUGCGGCAGAUCUUCUUCCCAUUAUAUGGAAUAUAAUGGUUAUAGGCAAGCAAUAAAAAAGAAUCCAAUUAUACAGAAGUCAAACUCCCGAUUAAGUCGCGCAUCCAGCUCACCAACAGUUAACAAAAAGAAGGAAAAAAAGAAUAAAAAGGUCAAGCAAAUUGAUCAGGUGGAUUGCGAGUGUGAUCCAGCAACGGCUCCAAAUUGUGAAUGCGAAACAACUAAAGAUUUUUGCAAACCGAGAGAUAAGAAAAUUAAGUGUAAUCGAGGCUAUGAUAAAUAUGCAGAGGAGGCUUACUGUCAAAGAGCUGUUACCCAAGUAUGCUCAGAGCCUGAAUGUUCUCGUAGUCCAAGAAGACGAGCUCCUCAAAGGGUUUGCUCCAAUUGCCAGCAUGUAUCACAGUCUUAUCGUGAAACAUGGCAAGCCAAAGAACAAGAACCAAAAAAAUCCAAGAAAAAAAAUGAUCGCACAUGUUCUUUUGACGUGGAUGAACCAUCAGAUUACUUGGAAUUGGGUUCAUCGAGAAGCAAGCAUGCAGCACUUAAAAAUCCUCUCACAGUCUCUCGAACGGACUACUGCGAAGAUGAACUACUGCCACAUGAGAGCUUCAGUGAUGAGUAUGUAAGGCGAAGAACAACAUUUGUUAAACAAGGAGAGCCAAAGUGUCGUCAGAAAACCGCACCGCGAUGCUCCAAUGAGACACUAAUGGAGAGAUCUUUAAAAACCUAUAGAUAUUCCAACGAAAAUAAUUGUAGAAAUCCAUCGCCGAAACCCCCUCGAAAACGUUGCCCAAAAUGUAACAAGCCAAGAGCUAAGCAAACUCCAUGUUCCACCUGUCAACCGAGAAGUACGCCACCAUCACCACCACCACUACCACCACCAGCACACAAUUGUUGCCCAAUGUGCGGUCUUUAUGGAAUGAUUCCACGUUAUAUGCUUCCCCAGAUGAAUCCAUGUGUACCUCCUCAAUAUAUGCCCAUGAUUUGUAGUUGUUUGCCAAAAAAAAGGACUGCCAAAAAAAACAAUCCUAGUUGCUCCCUUCAUGCUGUGCCCAAGCUUACUCCAGACUGCAGUUGUAAAACAUCAAAGGCUACGCCAAAACCGAUCUUCAAGGUGAUAUGCCGACCACGUCCAAGCAAAGAGUUAUGCAGGAUUUCAAUUCCUUGUGAUAAUUUGUUAAGAAACUGUAAGCGCUGUAGUGGCGGUAGAGGGACACAGUCAUUCGAUGAUCAAUGCUGUGGAAGUGGAGGGACACAUCAACACUCAAGUUGUCAACAUCGUCAUUUACACGAAGCCAACCAAUCAAUGCAUCGAAUCAAUCAGCCGAGACAACGAAGAAACCUACGAUCGACAUAUCGAAUCAUUCCAAUUAGUCGACCACCAGAUCCUCCAACUCCACCGCCAUCUACGCUAAGCCGACCAAUACCUCCUCCUUCGUGUCUGCUCACUGCUCUGAAUGCAAGAGUUAAUGCCAAGGAUAAUCCCUAUGCUGCUAGAACCAACCAACAGAUACUGCGAACUAACCGACCAGUACAAAGAAAUUACGCCUCUAGUAGGCUACAAGAACGUCGAACAUCAGCGACCCCUCCACCUGGUCAACCCGCACCUCCCACUUCGUCUCACUUCACUCCUGGAACAACGAGUGCCAAUGCAAGGGAUAAAACUGCUGCCAACAAAACCAGGCCUCCGUUACAACGGGCGUUGGUCCGUACAAGUCGACCACCAGAACGGCGAGCUCCGACGCCUCCCCCAGCAAGGCAACCCAAACUUCCCACUUCGUCAAAAGAUUUGGAAGAUCAAGAGGCUAGUUCAUCAGCAGGCAUAACUCCCACUCUGUCAAAAGAACACUUGAAAGCGUCUAAUUCAUCAACAGAUGCGGAACAAAUAACAAAAUCUCCGGAUACAGUCGCGAAUGCCACCGAUAAUAGUGAUGCAUAUAAAACCGACCAACCAGUACAACGAGCCGAGACAACUAGCCGACCACCAGAGCGAGCACCUGCGGCGGCCCUUGCACCCAGCCCACCCAAGCCCCCCGACGCUCCUGCGAGUUCAACCGCUAAUACGAAUGUCAAUAGGAACAACCAGCCGAUACAACGUCCCAGCCAAACAUUAAGACGAACCAACACUAGCGGUCGACCGCCAGAGCGUCCACCUGCCCAGGCUCAUGUAUCGAGCCCACCCAAACCUGCCACAUCGUCGACUGGGGUUCCUGCGAAUACAACUGUCAAUUCUGGUGCCAUUAAGGCUAACCAACCGGUACAACGUCCUAACCAAACAAUAAGACGAACCAACACUACCGGUCGACCACCAGAGCGAGCACCUGCGGCGGCCCUUGCACCCAGCCCACCCAAGCCCCCCGGCGCUCCUGCGAGUUCAACCGCUAAUACGAAUGUCAAUAGGAACAACCAGCCGAUACAACGUCCCAGCCAAACAAUAAGACGAACCAACACUACCGGUCGACCACCUGCGGCGGCCCCGGCACCCAGCCCAUCCAAACCUCCCACUUCGUCUUCCGGCGUUCCUGCAAAUUCAACCGCUAAUUUAAAUAUCAAUAAAAAUAACCAACCGAUACAACGUCCCAACCAAACAGUUCGACGAACCAACACUUAUAGUCGACCACGAGAACGUCCAAAUUCGGCGGCUUCUGAUUCCAGACAAGCUCCGUCUGUUGGGACAAAGGAUAAACCUAAUCCCAAUAAAGCUAACCAACUGGUGCAACGAUCCAACACCACAAAUCGUCCACCAGCACCAGGCCCAGUCCCAGCAACUGCGCCAGAUUCUGCCCCAGCCACUCCAGCUGCUAUGCCAGCCCCUGCGCCAGCUCCUGUGCCAGCCCCUGCGCCAGCUCCUGUGCCAGCUCCUGCGCCAGCUCCUGUACCAGCCACUGUUCCAGUGCCUACGCCUGCCACAACGCCAGCCACUGCUCCAGCCCCUGCAACAAGACAUCCCAUGCCUUCUAAUUCAUCUCCUGGACCACCUACAAAUCCAGAAAAAACUAAGCAGCCGAUACAACAAGCAAACACCGUUAGUAAACCACCAGAACGUCCACCUCCGACGGCCCCGGCCCCACCACCUAGCCGCUCCAAUCCUCCUACUUCGCCGAAAGAUCGCUUAGAUGAUGAGAUUCCUAGUUCUGCAAGAAAAACGCGACGUAGGCCCAGAUUUUCCGGAAUGUCAAAUACCAACCCAAAAGACGAUCCUAAUAAAAUUGCGCCAAGUAAGACACCUGCGAAUGCAACUGCCAGUGCUAAAGAAGAACCCAAGGGCAAAGAAAAUCUUAAUGUCAAAGAAGCAAAACAACAACCAAUCACCAAGAGUCCUCCACCGGCGCCAGUCCCUGUACCACCUCCGGCAUCAGCCCCUGCACCAGUUCCCACACCAACUCAACAUACAUCCUCUCUAAGGAGCCCUAGGAGUGCGAGUGUUAAUGCGAAGGAUAAAUCCACAGACAAUAAAGCUAAAGAACCGAUACAACAACCAAACCCCGUUAGUAAACCUCCAGAGCCUUCACGUCAAACGGCCUCGAGCGCACAACCUAGCCGCCCCAUACCUCCUCCGAAAGAUCACUUCGAUGAUGAGAUACCUAGUUCUGCAAAAAAAACCCAAAGUAGGCCCAGAUUUUCCGGAAUGGCAAAUGCCAGUACCAAAGAUGAUCCUAAUAAAACUGCGCCAGGUAAGGCACCUGCGAAUGCACUUGUCAGUGCUAAAGAAGAACCCAAGGGCAAAGAAAAUCUUAAUGUCAAAGAAGCAAAACAACAACCCAUCACCAAGAGUCCUCCACCGCCGCCAGUCCCCGUACCACCUCCGGCAUCAACCCCAGCCCCAGCUCCUGCGACAGCACCAGCGUCGAUUCCCGCACCAAGCCAUCCUACUUCUUCUUCAAGGAGCCCAACGAGUGCAAAUCUUAAUGCGAAGGAUACAUCCAAGCCCUAUCAAACUAAAGAAACGGUACAGCAAGCAAACAACGCGGGUCAACCAACAGAACGUCCUCCACCUACAACCACCGCACCAAGCCGCCCACUACCUCCAACUUCAUCGAGAGAUCACUUCGAUGAUAAUAUAUCCAGUUCUGCGAAAAAAGCUCAAGGUAAGCCAAGAUUUUCAGCAAUGGCAUCCCGCAACGCCAAAGAAAAUCCCAAAACAACGGCGCCUAGUGCGACUCCUGCGACUACAGAUGUGAGUGCUCAAGAAGAAUCCAAAGCCAAUCAAGCAAAACAACGAUCCAACACUAAGAGUCCUCCACCUGCACCGGCUCCUGCAUCAGCCUCUGGUGCAGCCACUGCGCCAGCCCCCGCGCAAACACCUGCGCCAGUUCCUGCGGCAGCCCCGGCAGCAGCACUUACGCCAGUCCCCGCACCAAGCCAACCUACUCCAUCUCUCGGCACUCCUGCAAAUGCGACUAUCAAUGUGAAGGAUAAAACCAAAGCCAAUAAAACUAACCAACCGAAACAACCAAUAAACCAACCGAUACAGCAAACCAACCCUAGUGAACCACCAGACCGCCGACCUUCUUUGCCCUCUGCACAAAGCCGGCCUCUCGGUCAAACUUCCAAUGCUAAUGAAAUUCGUAAACUAAAAGAAACCCCCAAAGCUGAGGAACCUCCAAAAGCCAAAGAAAGUCCCAAAGCGAAGGAAACUCCAAAGCCUAAAGAGGAUUCCAAAGUCAAUAACACCAGCCAACCAAUGCAAGGAAUCAAUCCCAAAAGUCGACCACCAGAACGUCUAAUUCCAUGGGAGCCCGAACCAACACAACCUACAACUGAAACAACUCGACCCAAACGUUCUGCUUCGCAUAGAACAUUGUUUUAUGCAAGUACAAAUGGCAAUGCCAGAGAUCAACCGAAUGCCACUGCACAACCCACGGCGAAAUCUUCCGCUAAUACAAAUACCAAUGCCAAGGUUGAACCUCCUGAGAAUAAAAGUUCCUUGCCUAAAGCUAAAGAACCUCCCGAAGCUAAGGAACCUCCUAAAAUCAAAGAAACUCUCAAAGCUAAGGAAACUCCUAAGCCCAAAGAAGAUUCCGGGGUUAAGAACACCAGCCAACCAAUACAACAAAUCAAUCCCAUGUAUCAACCACCAGAACGUCCAGUUCCAUCGGAGCGUGCACCAACCCAACACUCACGGGUAACUACGCCAAGAACAUGGUUUCCUGCGAGUACAAAUGUUAAUGCCGGGGAUCAGCCCAAAGAAACUGCACAACCCACGGUGAAAUCUCCUGCAAAUACAAAUACCACUACUAAGGUUGAAUCUACAACUACUGCGCAACGGACGGCAAAAUUUUCUGAGAAUACAAGUGCUAAUGCUAAUGAAAAUCCUAAGCCCAAAGAAUCUUUUAAAGCUAAAGAACCUCCUAAAGCUAAGGAACCUAAACCCAAAGAACCUCCUAAAGCCAAAGAAACUCCCAAAGCUAAGGAAACUCCUAAGCCCAAAGAUGAUUCCGGGGUUAAGAACACCAGCCAACCAAUACAACAAAUCAAUCCCAUGUAUCAACCACCAGAACGUCCAGUUCCAUCGGAGCGUGCACCAACCCAACACUCACGGUUCACUACGUCAAGGGCAUAUUUUCCUGCGAGUACAAAUGUCAAUGCCAGAGAUGAACCCAAAGACACUGUACAACCCACGGCGAAAUCUCCUGCAAAUACUACCACUGCGCAACGGACGGCAAAAUCUUCUGAGAAUACAAGUGUCAAUGCCAAGGAAAACCCUAAUCCCGAAAAAACUCCUAAGGCUAAAGAACCUCCCAAAGCUAAGGAACCUACUAAAGAGAAAGAAACUCCCAAACCCAAAGAAGAUUCCGGGGUUAAUAACACUAGACAACCACCAGAUAAGCCUGAAAAAGCUUCCAAAGCUAAGGAACCUCCUAAGCCCAAAGAAACUCCCAAAGUUAAGGAAACUCCAAAGCCCAAAGAAGAUUCCGAGGUUAAGAACGCCAGCCCACCAAUCAAUCCCAUGUAUCAACCACCAGAACGUCCAAUUCCAUCAAAGCGUGAACCUCACCGUCACUCACGGUUUACAGCGUCAAGGUCAUAUUUUCCUGCGAGUACAAAUGUCAAUGCCAGAGAUGAACCCAAAGACACUGUACAACACACGUCGAAAUCUCCUGCAAAUACUACCACUGCCCAACGGACGGCAAAAUCUUCUGAGAAUACAAGUGUCAAUGCCAAGGAAAACCCUAAUCCCGAAAAAACUCCCAAGGCUAAAGAACCUCCCAAAGCUAAGAAACCUCCUAAAGAGAAAGAAACUCCCAAACCCAAAGAAGAUUCCGGGGUUAAUAACAUUAGCCAACCACCAGAUAAGCCUGAAAAACCUUCCAAAGCUAAGGAACCUCCUAAGCCCAAAGAAACUCCCAAAGUUAAGGAAACUCCUAAGCCCAAAGAAGAUUCCGAGGUUAAGAACGCCAGCCCACCAAUCAAUCCCAUGUAUCAACCACCAGAACGUCCAAUUCCAUCAAAGCGUGAACCUAACCGUCACUCACGGUUUACAGCGUCAAGGUCAUAUUUUCCUGCGAGUACAAAUGUCAAUGCCAGAGAUGAACCCAAAGACACUUUACAACCCACGGCGAAAUCUCCUGCAAAUACAAAUACCAAUGCUAAAGUUGAGUCUACUACCACUGCGCAACGGACGGCAAAAUCUUCUGAGAAUACAAGUGUCAAUGCCAACGAAAACCCUAAUCCCGAAAAAACUCCCAAGGCUAAAGACCCUCCCAAAGCUAAGGAACCUCCUAAAGAGAAAGAAACUCCCAAACCCAAAGAAGAUUCCGGGGUUAAUAACACUAGCCAAUCACCAGAUAAGCCUGAAAAACCUUCCAAAGCUAAGGAACCUCCUAAGUCGAAAGAAACUCCCAAAGUUAAGGAAACUUCUAAGCCUAAUGAAGAUUCCGAGGUUUAUAACACCAGCCAACCAAAUAAGUUAGAAAAAUCUCCCACAGCUAAAGAACCUCCUAAACCUAAAGAAACUCCCAAAGCUAAGGAAACUCCAAAGCCCAAAGAAGAUGCCGGGGUUAAGAACGCCAGCCCACCAAUCAAUCCCAUGUAUCAACCACCAGAACGUCCAAUUCCAUCAAAGCGUGAACCUCACCGACACUCACGGUUUACAGCGUCAAGGGCAUAUUUUCCUGCGAGUACAAAUGUCAGUGACAGAGAUGAACCCAAAGACACUACACAACCCUCGGCGAAAUCUGCUGCAAUUCCAAAUACCAAUGCUAAGGCUGAAUCUACCACUCACUCACGGUUUACAGCGACAAGGGCAUAUUUUCCUGCGAGUACAAAUGUCAAUGACAGAGAUGAACGCAAAGACACUACACAACCCACGGCGAACUCUCCUGCAAAUGCACAUGCCACUGCCAAGCUUGAACCUACUACCACUGCGCAACGGACGGCGAGGUCUCCUGAGAAUACAAGUACCAAUGCCAAUGAAAAUGUUAAGCCCACAGAAUCUCCUAAAGCUAAAGAACCUCCUAAACCCAAAAAGCCUCCUAAAGCCAAAGAAGAUUCCAGUGGUAACGUUGGGAAAAAUCGUGCAGAUACAAAUGACAAUGCGAAUGAUAAUGCCAAUUCUAAGCCUACUGGCAGAAAGUUCCGUCGAGGAAGUUUUCUUCAAUUGCGUUCAGCAGAUGAACAACCCGAACCUAGACCACAAACUGAUGAAGUCCGAAGAAACUCGAAUAGACCAAAGGCGAACAGGGCGCCGCCUACACAACCUCGAUCCAUGCCGGGAUCAGCUCACACAGAAAGAGAACGUGAAACAAGACUACCAACGCGUAAUACCACAGGAUUUUCAGUAUCUAGACGGGUGCCCUUUCUCCGACAAUUUCAUAUUAAGUCUCCUGGAAUAAGGUUAAAAUUUUGGAAUUGGCGUAAAUCAUAAUUAAUGAC